AUAUCCCAUCCUUGUCAAACUUCCCGGAACCCCGAGUCUAUCAGUUAAAACGGAUGCUUAUGCCGACUUUCCAUUCCUGCCUCUGAUAGUCCAGAAUUCGCAGAAUCCAGACACUAGCUGUUGCAAUUCUCGAGCCGUAGUUCUCAUUAAAUCUCAUCCCCCUCCCUCUACUACGAUGGCCACCGAAUCUGAGAAAUCCAACCCCAAUAUUCUCCCCGCCCGAGAAAACCCUGUGAAAACCCUAGACUCUGGAGUCUCCGCCACCUCUAAACCGGAUCUCCAUGAACAUUCUCCCAAUAACAUUCUGACAAAGGACUGUGAGGAUCCGAAUAGCGCUGUAUCCUCGCCUGCUGGGGAUGAUGGUCCGGUUUCCAAUAUCCAGAAGAAGAUUCGUCGAGCCGAGCGGUUUGGUAUAACUUUACAACUCACCGAGGAAGAGAAACGUAAUUCUCGAGCGGAGAGGUUUGGCAUGGGGUCCCCAUUGCAUGGGUCAGAGGAGCUUAAGAGAAAGGCUAGAGCAGAGAGGUUUGGUCUUUGUGAUGCAUCUGUGGCUCCUGAUGACGAAUCAAGGAAGAAAGCCACUGCUGAUGUGGAAGGAAAGAAGAAAGCUACUGCUGACGAGGAAUCAAAGAAGAAAGCUCGGCUUGCCAGGUUUGCGCCAGUUUCUAAAACAGACACCUUGGAAGAAGAAAAAAGGAAAGCAAGGACAAUCAGGUUUUCAAGCUCUCCAUCUAGUUCUUUAUCCCGAGUGAAUGGUAAAGGAGAUAUGGAGCAGAAAGCAGCUAUCACAGUCGAAGCUGGAUUAGGGGCUUAGCGCUAAACAUCUUUUGCAGUAGUUUUGUUGUUUUGCUUUUUUAUUUAUUCCCUAUAAAAAGACUCCCAGAUGCAGCAUUUUCCAUUCUUAGACAUACCUCUCUGGCCUUGAACAGGAGUUUGGCAGCAUGAAGAUCUCUUUUCCUGGAUAUGGUGUAGCAACAGUUCGCUCGUGAGACCUAGAGUAAUUUAUGACUUAACUCCUUAGUGGUAAUUAUCUCAAAGUCUCUGAAAACUAUCAGAAAUUCAAAAUUACUAAGUAGAUAUUUAACAUUUUAAGACCUUUCAUUUUCCAAUUUUAUGCUCGAUUGUCCACUUAUCAAAAACAGAAAGGAAAAAAUUAUGCUCCUUCAAAUUCUGAUACUCCAAGAUGUGGGCUAGGAUCUGAUAUAUGCUUAUAGUUGCAGAUUCAUGAUCAUGUUGUAUGGCAGUACUAAGUUGGUUUUGUGAGUUUAUCAUCAUCUGAUCCAUGAUUGGCAGUGUCAAAAGGCAUUACAUUGUUUGCUACUGGUAUUAAUGGUUCUAUGGCCGAACUAAUUACUUUAGAAUACGGGCCUUCAGAAAAAGGACGUUCUCAGACUGUUCUAGUUGGUUUGACUUUAGAUAUAGGAUUAUCAUCAUAUUUGCAGUCUUAGAUUAGGCUUCUACUUUUUGAGGGCUGCCCCCACAGAGUGAACUCAAUCGUCAACAAGAUGCAUAGCUGCUCUGCUCCUGAGAAUGGCCUCUGCCAUGGCAUUUGUGAGGCAUGCAUAAGUUUAAGUCUUUUGAUAUAGAUUUGAGCCUGUUUUCACUUUAAAUGAGGAUGAGAAAGGGAGGAAGUUGUAUUUAGCUUUCUACUAUUGUGCAUCUGUUCUUUGCUUGAAGUGGGGGUUUUCAGUUUUGUCUCAUAUCUUAUUUGAUGAUGGUGCAAUUACACACAUAUUAUUAUAACUAUUAAUCAUGUAUCAGAUGAUAUUAAAUCAUCACUUUCUAUCUAAUCCGGUGUAUGUUAUCUAUUCAAUUUUCUGUGGGAUCAGCCAAAGAUUUUAAGGCAUAUGUUUACUUAGUACUGGCGUUCAACACUUGAUCAUGAGAAUCAUUUCCAGAACUUUAACUAUUACCUUCCUGGUAACGUAAUAGUGGAGAUCUAUCAGAAUUUCUGAUGUUUUCGUUUGUAAUUUGAGAUAAUUGCACUCUUUGGAGGUUCUUGUGAAUUUUUUCUUAGGUCUCACUGGGAGAACUGCACAAUCUGCAAGGUAAGAAUUUGGGGAUGAAGAGUACUCUGAUAACUAGGUUUGUCAUUAGCAUUGUAAUUUUGAAUUUUCAAUGUGAAGCUUUGAAUUGUUGAAACAUUGGAAAAUCCCCCGCAUGUAAAUUCUUGUUUAUUUCAAGUGGGAUUUUAGAUGGAAUGGAAGGACGACCUGUUGCCCAAGUCCAUCA